GUAUAAGCGUAAAAAUAGGGGCUCAUACAGUUUGAGAGGUUGUAAAAUGCAUGACUUGCCUCUAUUUUCAUGUAAACAUUCGAAAUUCUUCGACAGCAAAGUAGCAACUGUUUCAGAUCGAAUGCACACGGACAGCCCACCAGAGACAAUGGCAGGGUACUGAAAUAGAACGUCACUAAAAAAUUCUGUAUGAUUAAUUUAGAUCAUGUCCAUUUUCAACAUAAAACAGUCAUUUAUUUUGUACAAACAUUUGGCAAUAUUUGCACGAUUGUGCCUUUUUGUAAACACGCGUUGCGUGUAUUCCACUCAAUUGCGUGACUCAUUUUGCUCGCGCAUGCUCAGACAAAUUUCCCACCUGUUGUUUAGCUUAAUUUCUCGUGAGUCGUGAAUCAGUCAACUUAACUAUUCUGCACUGAAUAUGUAGUAAGUUGUAAACAUUAUCAUUCUAUUAAGGUUCAAAACUUUUAGUUUGGUUGUUGAAUGAAUUUUUAUUUUUUUAUUUUAAAAAUUUUCCCCAUGUACAAUAAAUUUAUGUGUAGUAUAUUUACAAUAAUUGUAGAGUGCGGGCUAGAGACCUACUAGAAAUCUUAGUAGACUUUUUAUUUAGGUCUCUAGUUAUGCUAGUUUGUAUUGUGUUAUGUAAUAAAUUAUUUACAGUCAAUCACAAUAUUAAAGGAAUAUAUAUAUAUUUACAAGAGAGAAAAAGAAGAGAAAUUGUUCUUAUUAUAGAAGUGCUCUAGUUAUGCUAGUUUUGUAUUGUGUGAUGUAAUAAAUUAUUUACAGUCAAUCACAAUAUUAAAGGAAUAUAUAUUAUAUUUACAAGAGAGAAAAAGAAGAGAAAUUGUUCUUAUUAUAGAAGUGAUAUCUGAAGUGAAUACCAAUGUUGUAGAUGCAUUUGGGUUCUUAUAAGAAUUAGACUACAAUAUACUAUUAAAUUGGUCAUAGCAGAAUGUUUUAUAGCAUAUCUUAUACAUUGUAUAGUAAAAAAUAUUGUUUAAUUUGCUUUUUGAAAGUGCUGUAGAAAUUUAUAUCUAUAAAUUUUGUUUCUAAUGAAUUCCAUACGUCAACUCCUUUAUUUGAGAGAGUGUGUUCUACAUAAUUUGUUCUUUUAUAACAUUUGUGAAGGUUUGAUGCAGUUCGCGUGUUAUAUUGAUGAAUUUGGUUGUUUGUCACAAAAUAAUCUUUAAAAAAUUCUGGUAAAUUAUUAAGAUGGUGGUAUCGAAACAUAAAUAAAGCAGUUAAAUAGUCGUUGAUUUUGAAGAUGUUGAGGAUAUUUAAAUCUUUGAAAAUUGGUUCACUGUGAUCAAAGUAAGAUUUGAAUGCCAUUAAACGCACUGUUUUUUUUUGUAUAUUCAUUAUUUUUUGAAUUCUGUUUUUGUAAGUAUUACCCCAUGUUAGGUUGCCGUAAAUCAAGUAUGGAUAGACUAAUGCAUAGUAUAUCAGUUUUACAGUAUUUCGGUUCACGAAAUGUCGUAUUUUAGCUAUUAUACCAGCAGCUCUAAUUAAUUUCUUUGCUACCUUAGCUAUAUGAUCUUUCCAGGUCAAACAUUCGUCAAUGACAAUACCAAGGAAUACUGUAUUUUUAACUUGUUCAAUAUUAUUACCAUUAAUGUUAAUUUUAAUGUCUUGCUUUGGUUUUUUAUUUGAAGAUCGGAAUAAUAUUACUUUUGUUUUUGUAGUAUUUAGAGAUAACUUAUUCGCAUUUAACCAUUCAGCAACUUUAUCAAUUUCAAUUUGCAUAAUCUUAUUAAGUGUUUUUAGACACUUGUUACUAUAGAAUAUAUUAGUGUCAUCUGCAAAUAAUAUAAAUGAAAUUAAUUUGCUACAAUUUUCAAUAUCAUUGAUAUAGAGAAGAAAUAAAAUUGGUCCAAGAAUUGACCCCUGUGGGACACCACUUUUAAUUAUCAUUGCUUUUGAUUUAACUUGGUUAUAUUUAACAAUCUGUUUUCUGUUUUUUAAGUAAUCUUCAAACCACUGUCUUGUUAUUCCGCGUUUACCAUAGUGUUCUAGUUUUUGAAUCAGAAUCUUGUGAUUAAUUGUGUCAAAGGCUUUUGACAAGUCGAGGAAGAUACCUAUUGUGUAUUCUCCUUUAUCGAUUGCUUGGGUGAUUUUGUCAACAAGUUCAAUGAUUGCAAGUUCAGUAGAUCUAUUUUCCCUAAAACCAUACUGAUUUUGUGUUAAUAUUUUAUUUUUUUUCUUUGUGGCUAAUUAACCUCUUAUACAUAAGCUUUUCCAAUAAUUUAGAAAAACAAGUGAGAACAGAUAUAGGCCGAUAAUUCGUAAAUUCAUUGUUUUCGUUUGCUUUGAAAAUAGGGGUAACUAGAGCUAUUUUUAGAUCAUCAGGAAUAGUUCCAGAAAGAAAAGUCAAGUUAAAUAUGUGUGAAAGUGGUUCAGAAAUUUCUGUAGCAAUCGCUUUGAUUACCUGUGAGAUAUUUAUCAAAAUUUGUUGUGCUAUUCGAAAGUUUUUUCGCAAGUCCUGGGCCAAUAUUUACAAAAUAAUCAUUGAAUCUAUUUGCAAUUGAUUUUGGAUCGGUAAUUUUUUCUCCAAGACUAUUUCCAAUAAAUUCCUUUGGUAACAUACUACUUUUUAUUUCGAUUCGUAAUUUCAUUUAAUGUUUUCCAUAGUACCUUUGUAUCAUGUUUAUAUUUUAUUAACUGUUCUUCGUAAUGUUUCUUUUUUGCCGCUCUUAUCAUAUGAUUUAGUUUAUUUUUAUAUUGUUUGUAUAUUUUUUCCUUUUUUCUGUAGGGCAUUGAAGGUAUUUUUUAUAUAACUUGUUCUUUUGCUUAACUGAUUUUGCAAUACAUUUUGUCAUCCAUGGGCUUCGGGUUUUGUCAAUAUUUCUUUUUACUACUUUUCUUCUUAAUGGAAAGUUUUUUUCAUAGGCUAUUGAAAGUAAGUUAAAGAAUUCAUUGCAUGACUCUGCCGUGUUGUUUUUAGAAUCUAUAGACUUGCUUUCUAUUUUGAGCUUAACCAAUGUUUAAUAUAAUUAAGCUAAACUGACUUGAUACGACCGGCUCCAGGUAUAUUUAUUAAUGCAGCUUAGCCAUACGUAUUAGAAUACAAGCCCAGGGCCGGCUUAUAUUCAGAGGUUUCCAAUACUCAUCUCGCCCAACAUAGUUUGUUAGAGUUCUAUAAAUCCCACAGUCAUUAGAGGUAACAUAGGAAUGAAAGGUGCACAGUAUGUGUGCCAGUCACCUUGGCAUUGACCAACAUUAUGCUCUGACAAUUAACCUAAAUUGGUUGAUGACAUGUUUGAGAGCAGUUUCAGGUUUCAGUGGUGGUGUCUCCAGUAUUGGAGUAGAGUUCAACAUUUCAGUUAGACAUAUUAUUUGUGAUUGUUGUGAACCUUCUCUCUUAGAUCUGCAAGAUCAUUUGUGAUAUAAUGUAAUUAAAUGUAAAAUGAAACUUUGGGGAGUUAAGAAAUACAAUUAAUUGACAAGACUGUCCCCCUGACAAGUAAAAUUGCCAGGCAUUAGACUGUCUGAGAGUAAAAUAAUAAGCUUGGGUGCAAUUAACUGCUGUAUGCUUUAAAGUUGGUUGCAAGCUAGGGCUUAUAAAUGCCAGAACUCAUAUGUGAAAAAUGCUUGAAUCAAUUUAUUUGACCUGUAAUGAACCCAUUUUUAAUCCUUUAAGUGGCAAUGCGCUAGGGCUACAAUAUGUUACUCUGUCUAAUGCCAGACGAUUUUACUCGUCAAGUGGAGAGUGCUGCCAGUCAAUGGGUUCAAUUGCAUUGCACCCUACUUUAUAUGUUAGUGUUACUUUGUCUAACACCAAUGCUCAAUGGGUUAACAUAUAAAUAAUGUCUAACUACUCUACAGUAAAUUUCCCUGUAAUUGGAGCCUGGUAUAUGAGACUUACUAUUUCUUCAAAGUGUGUUCUAAUGAUACGUUUACCCUAUUUCCCCAACCCCAAGAAAUAACACAACAAUUUCAACGUUUCUAAUAAGGUUGCUGGUUGCUGCACCCGACUAGAAGAAUGCUUGCCGCCCACCUUAACUUUAUUUCCUUUUUUCUCCUAUUUAAUACAACACAUCCCUGUGUAAUGUUCUCGGCUAUCUAAUCGCUAAACGUUACAAAUACUACUAAGUGAGCCUGCUGCCCGCCAGGAAAAACCACUGUGGGGAAACCUGGACCCUCCCGAAUGCAGAUUCAGGCUCUAAAUAACAAUCUCGAGGGUGUAAGAUUGACCAACGUACAAGCAUUAGCUAACAACAUUAAACUCUAAAUAAUCUGUUUACGACCUAUGUAAGCAUUCCCAAGAACCUAAACCUUUGGUAAAUUUUGCUGGUGAAAUGCUGCUUGUAAAAAAUUUUGUGUGUGUUGAUGCAGUGCCAGACUAGAAUGAGCUGCCCAAAUCAUGUGACCACUUUGCCGCCCUGCCAAUGAACAUGGCAGUCACGUGUUUGAUGAACCGUGGAAACAUCAAUUUUCUGCUAAUCUGCGAACCGCAGAAAAUAACAUGUUUACCCCAUUUCCCCAACCCAAAGAAAUAACACAACAAUUUCAACGUUUCUAAUAAGGUUGCUGGCUGCUGCACCCGACUAGACUUGGAUAAAGUUAGAAAGGGUCAGAGCAUGGAAAUUCAAACCCCUAGUGCCUUGGAAACCUGUAGGCGAUUGUCGAGUGAAUCUUCUACGCAACCGUCCUUGGCUGUAUCAGACUUCCAUCUGCCAUGUCGUUUCCAACAGCGGUCGGACACUUGGGCAUUGGCUGCUUUGGUAGCCCACCCUGAUCUGAAUGAGUGCAAGGAAAUGUUGGCGUCUCCCUCAUAUGAACUCCUGCAGUCUGCCGAUGAUAGAUUCCCGUGCUCUAGUUUGACUAAGGGGUUUGUUUCGGUCGAUUAGCUUGUACCCUGCUUUGGUAUGGGUUACCGGCCUGAAUAAAAAAUUUUCACUGUGAUCUAAACUGAUGGAAGCAUUAAGUACUGGGCAGGUAAUUUUGUUCGACCUAUGAAUGACCAGUUCAUUGCCUUUCCUGUAUUGGUCUGUUUUGCUUUUUCUUAUUGUUAGUUGCAAAUGAGUGUCGCAGAUGACCACAUCUUGAAUUUUGAGGUCUGCAAUCUCGUUGUACCUAAGAAACCCAGCGAACAAUAGCAAUGCCAUAGAGAUGUCUCUACGCACUGUGAGUGUGUCACAACCCUGAUACUUUGUACAACACUCCUCUAGCGCCUCACUGGUAACAGGAGCCUUUUUGGAAACUGGUUUGGCAUGCUCUCUUUUGGCACCCUCCACCAAAUUUUGAAGAAAUUUGUUUUCCAUGGGGUUAUGUAUACCUGCAAUAUCAUGAACCCAUUUAAGGGCACAAUAACUAGAUUGAAUAACUGAGGAUGAUUUGUAAGUAGAGGAUAAAUGCGAUAUGAACAGCGAAACAUCUAUAACCGAUGCCGGAAAAACAUUGAAACUUUUAACUCUAGCGAAUUCUAUCCAUCUACGUAAACUAUAUGUAUAGUUUGUGACAGUUCCCUCUGCUUUAGCAUGAAGAGCUGUUUUCUUAAGUAACUCAAACAGGUGUGUUUCUCCACUGGAUAACGUCUUUUGCUGUAAUUCUUUCCAAAACCCCUGGUCGAACGAGUUUAAGCCUGUGAAAACAAAGAAAGCAUAUAGGUAUACUAAAAUAGCAUAAAUUGGGACUCGCGAGUGCCAAUAUCUAACAGAUCCGACCCAUUCCUGCACAAAAAUAUUGCCAAUGCUUAACGAAAACCCGAUGUCAAGAACGGGGGACUGAGCCAUUAACGAAUUCACUUUCUUUCUGGGACUAUCCGCCGGUGGGAAUCCCCUGAAAUUAUUCUGUAAUACCCUGAGAUUACUACCACCUGUGGGAAAAUAGUCACCUGUGGACUGUAAAAACUUAAGGCUUGAUAUGACAACCACCUGUGAAAGAAACCAUCCCCAGAAGUCUAUGCUGAGCUAUAUGCAUUCUGUACACAUACCGGAAGGAGUCAUACAGAAACCUCUGUUUGAUGUCCUUUUCUUGCAUGUUUGCCAAUCAAUAUAGAGUGCAAUUAAUUUGAAGGGCAGUAUAUCACCCUUGAAAACGGUGUUAUGGGAUCUGCCAGGUACUGUGGCUGGGUGGUUCCACUCUGGGAUGCCGGCCGAAGUUGUCACACACUGAGCUAAAUGAGUGCCGUCUGGGCAUAUGCUUGGCCAGAAAGUUGACCCUCUCCAUAGAGGUACUAUUAAAACUCCCCGUGCUCUGCAAAUUUGGAAAUGUUUCCAUGCCUUGAUAAUCUGAUUACGUGGGGGAACUACCCAGUUGUUUUCCCCUGCCCAACUUAUCGUAUAAGUAUCGACCCCUUCACAGUUCGGGUUCCAGAAACGCGAGUUAAAUCGAGCACACUUGGUGUUAUAACAGGUAGCAAACCUGUCUACCGUGAAUGGCCCCCACAUGGAAUCGAUCCAAUUAAAAAUAUGUGGGUGGAUGCCCCAAUCGUUACCAUCAGACAGUUUGCUGAGAUAAUCUGCUAAUUGGUUUUCCUCCCUUGGGACCCAAAUUGGGCUGAUCUGAAUACCAAAUCCACUACUUGACUCUAUCACUGCUUCCACUAAACUCUGCAAUUCUUGUUUUCUACUGCCCCUAGCUAAAAUGUGUAUGAUAUUUUGAUUGUCAGUGUACCAUUGAACCAGGUGAUUACAUAAGUUCUUUCCUAUUGCUAACAGCAUGUUAUGUACUGCCUUAAGUUCCCGCCAAGUGGAACUCUUCCCUCUCUCGCUUUCCAACCAGUGUCCCUGACAGACCAGUGUCUGAUGGUUGGAAAUCGCAUAGCCCCCAUACCCUUGGUCUGAGGCAUCUGAGUACACGAUGGUGUCAAAAUGCUGUGGUUCUCUGAACAUGUUCCUACCAUUAAGGGUGUGGACAUUGCUUACCCAAUACUGUAAUUCUGUUGUGAGUUUAGAAUUGAAUGACAAAAUGGAUCCCCAAUGUUCCCUAGUCUCUAUAGCGAAAUACAUAUGGCGUGUAUACAGAUAAACUUUUGGGCCUAUGGCCCGGGACAUGGACACUAUUUGCCCUGCUACUGCUGCCAGUUGUCUCGCCGUUACUUUUUGGGGGCACCCUAAGAUGUUAUCUAGCGAUUGUUCCAAUUUCUGUAACCGUGUUUCGGUAACAAACAACUGAUUAAGCGACAUAUUAAAAAUGUGGCCAAGCCAUGUUUGUAUCGGCAUUGGUUCCCAAAAACACUUACUCUCGCUGAGGAGGAACCCUAACUGAAUCAGAUCUCUCUUGACUGCCUGUGAGACUAUGGUGGCACUCUGUAGUGAUGAACUACCCCUAAGCCAUCAUCCAGAAACAUGCAGACUCUUUUACCUGAGGACCUCCAAUGUCGAAGUACUGGUUUUAAAAUUUUAGUAAACACCAGAGGUGCAGUAGACAGCCCAAAGGGCAGAACCCGAAAAAAAAAAAAUAUUGGGGCUUACCGUUAUAAACCCACUGAAAACCUAAAUUGGUUGACCACUAGAGGGGGGAGAUCCACCAUAGCUAUGCUCUGACAAGCUAAUAAGUCGGUGAUAGCUUCGGUUACGAAAGACUCGUUUUCCAAAGCAGUUUUGUUGUUCCGAAGGAUCCGGGGUUCUGGUAUUGUAGUCAAAGGAAGGAUGUACCCUUGUACAUACUCAGGAGGUUGUAGAGCCUCCCAAGAUGAAAUGUGUUCCCUUAGUCUGCCCCCCACAUGGCCCUGAUUGGGAUCACCUUGGGAAAAUUCCCCUUCCUCAAGCAGGGUAUCAUUGUCCUGUGCAAAGCGCUCUAACUCACUAUCCUCGCCCAACACAUUGGGAAAGGAAUCUACAUCUUCGUCUAGCCCCUCAUAAUCUGACGAAAUUACACUUAACUUUCGUACGGCGCCUCCACUCUGCUGUACUUCAGUCGACAACCCGGUGGUUAGAGGACAUUCACGGCUCCAAUGGCCAGCUUCACCACACGAGAAACAGACCCCUGGUUUCUUUCCAACUGUACUACUGUAGAGAUGGUUGUUGGGAUAAGUCGAUGGUGCUGGCUGUUGAUGUGGCCCUAAAUACGGGGAAACCCAGGAUCGUCCGCCAUUGAAAGAUCCUCGUCGUGACCAGGAAAAUCCACCGCGACUGCUGGCGCGAGUUUUCUUUGCGUUUCUUGUCUCGUUAAGCUUUCUUUGGGCCUCUUUUUCGGCUUUCUUGAUCUUUUUGGCGUCCUCCUCAUCGUCCUCCUCAUCGUCGGCAAGCUCGUUAUCGAGAUAUUCUGAUACGGUUUUCCACCCAUACUCGGAUUUGUCUGCAAGAAGAAUUAGCUUUUGUCUCGACUCGAUUUGCUCCUUACCUUCGCUCAGCUUUUCGAGACACGUGUCUAGCUUCUUGUCUUUGAUUGCGUCCUCUGCCUCGGUGAUACAAAGUUUUACUCGCUCGUUAUGUUUGUAUUGCACUUCGUGGCCUUUCUUCUUGAAAGACGGCGGCUCCGAGAACUUCAUUCGCUUGAGUUCUGUCAUUUGCGAGGAAUGUGCUUUGUUGGCCACUUCUUCCAGCUCACGCUUCAUCUGGCCCACUUUCGUAUCCAUGACGGCCGACAGCUUUUCCAGCAUAGACUCCUGUUGUUUCUGGAGUUCUGUUCUCAAUUCUUCGUUCAUUGUGCCCGUUUUGAUUUGUUAAUGGUUUAUAAUAAAUGUAAAAAUACUAAAAGUACUGUUUGUAAAAAAAUUUGUGUGUGUUGAUGGAGUGCCAGACUAGAAUGAGCUGCCCAAAUCAUAUGACCACUUUGCCGCCCUGCCAAUGAACAUGGCAGUCACGUGUUUGAUGAACCGUGGAAACAUCAAUUUUCUGCUAAUCUGCGAACCGCAGAAAAUAACAUUAGCUGUCACUAUUGUAUAAAUAUAAUUGAACUUUCUCAUUUAGGGUGAUCCGGUGAUGUAAGUCAUGUGGACAAGUUCUUUGGAAUGUUCAAAUAACAAGAAUAGUGGUGUAAGGUGGCACUUGCCAGACCUACCGUAACUGGAAAAACUAACAAUGACUUUUCUCCAAAAUGUUCUGGGCAUGUGUUAUAUGUACUACAAGAAAUGGCCGGUGGCCCAAGGCAUCAAAACAGAGAACAGCCAAAGAAAUGAAAGAAUAGCCCAUGGAGAUACAGUUAUAAUAAUACUCUAUCACAUGUAACUUGAUUGUACAGUUAUAAUUAUUAAUUUGAUAAUUAUUAUUUGACCAAGUUUAAUUAUAAAAAUAAUACCAAAUUAAUCAAGAUUUUGAAUCUUUAAUUUACAAACAUGUUGCUAAUGGUACUGAGUUUCAUUAGCAGUUAAACAACAGUGGCAUGGACUCAUGCAUUGUUGGAAAAUUCUGCAUCUCUAUUGUUUUGACAAUAUUUUCAUGACCAAUUUUGUUGUUUUGACUUCAUUUUGACCAAGUCAGUCAGGUUAGUGUUAUCUUGUCUAACCAUUUAGAGAUCUUGUCUUGUUCAAUUAAGUGAGAUCUGAAACUGAGCCAGUCAGGUUAUCCAUGCAAACUGAAAGGAAUUUCCACUAUAAAAAUAUUAAAAUAACCACACAGUGAAGUCUCGCUUACUGCAAUAUGGCAGAACUAGAGACAAUUAACUUGAUAUUUGAGGGAUGGGGCAAACAAGCUAAUGGCUUUUUAAAGAUACAUACAACAAACUAUCAGAUAGCACAUAUUAAAACUACAAUGUACAAUCCUGGAUAUAAAACAUUCCUUCUCACUUCUCAGAUCAGCUGCCCCUACUAGGCAGCUGAGCUUUGUCCUGCACCAGUCCACCACAAGCUCGUGCAUAGCAAAACCCUUGGCUAAAUAUAUAAAACCUUAAUUUCCUCUUUAAUACACCAGCACAUCAUAGUUUAUCUCUUCAUAUACAUGUACUGUGCAACUCGAUAUUGCGAGGGAUGAAAUUAUUGCAUAAAGUUAAUACAGUAAAUACAAAAAGGUUUAUCUACAACCACAUAAACACUUGUGGCUUAUUUUCUAAAAAAUAGAGUACAUUUUACCAUUUAUUCCUAACAUUUUUUCAUGAAAUACUAAAAUAAAAAUGUGAAUUUUAAAAUGUUUACCUGUUUAUAGCUGACUGCAUGUUUAUAGACUGCUGUUUAUAGCCCGGCUUGAAAUAUCGUUUUUGUCCACAUUUUGGGAGGUUUUAAUAGUUGUUUGUUGUCUUUCGCGAACGAGAAUAACGUGUACGACUUUCACAUCCUUGAACAAAUGGUCAAACGUCGAAAAAAUAUGUCGAAAAUGACAAAACAACAAGAAUUCACUGCAAAAAUCCGAAAUAUUUUUUGCAGAAACCAGGGGGGUGUGAAAACUGUGGCGGGCUCACAAUUGAGCCUUGUUCAGUGGCAAUUACCAUGAAUUUAGGGACCAGUAGUCAUGGAAAUGGCGUCAUUUUCACUCAAAAUCCGCCAUGUUUUUUGCUUCACUUGGUUGACUGAACGAAGUAUAGGAGCAGGUCCUCCAGUUAUUAUACAGCUCAGUGAUAAAAACCCACACAGACGCCAUUUUGUAACUAUUUUGCAUAUAUUACAUGAAGUAGAGCAUAUUGCCUAUUUGAAAAAGCCGCUGAAAAUUUGUUUUGGAAUUUGUGAGCUUUCGCUUUGAAGCUCAUUUUGGUGAUCAAACUUCAAGUAAAUUUUGUGUUUUUCGCUGUUGGGUAUUUUUGGGUUUGGGUAUAGCUGUUUUUCGAUUCUUAUUAAAUUGUAUAUUUACAAUGCCAAGACAAGGUUCAAGACCAAGAAAACUGAAAUUUCGUGGCAAUCAAUUCUUACAUUCUGCUAAGAAACCUCGUGUAGUCGAGAGUGUAAACAAUGAUACCACUGAGCUGUCUGAGCAAUCGACAUCGACCGGAACAGAUCAUACCGUUUCUGCUUCUGCUCGAAAAAUAGGCACCCAAAAUCCACAACUUGGGACCCAAAGCAAGCCAAAUGUAACCGGGUACCGUUUCAUUGACAUGGAAUUGCUUGGUGAACUUUUUACUCAGAUGGUUUGAAAAGAGUGUGGAAAUUCAUGCCUUGUCUUAGAGGAUGAACCACGUGAGCGACAAGGCAGUGCUUCUCAUCUUAGAGUACGGUGUAAAGAUUGUGGAUGGGUUUAUACCUUUUAUACUUCGAAGAAGGUUCAACAUUCUUUUGACAUUAACAGAAGAUUUGUUUAUGCCAUGAGAAGUAUUGGACAAGGACAUGCAUCGAUGAAACGCUUUUGCUCCUACAUGAACAUGCCACCACCAUUACAUUAUAAAGCAUACAAUGCUAGUAAUGCUGCCUUGUCUAAAGCCGCAAAAUCUGUGGCUACGAAAACUGUCGGAAACGUAUAUUUCUACUCGACAAAACUGUUUGUUUUAAACUUAAAUUCAUUGAAACUCUCACAUUUGAUUUACAAAAUCUCUCCCUGUUUUGUUUUCCUCUCAUCUCUGAGCCCCCGAUCCUAGCGCCCGCGGGCUCUUUUGUUCGUAAUACUUUAUAUAAGUAUCAAAAGUAUCUGUAAUGUCAAUAAUGUCUAAAAUUAUCUACACUCUCCACCCAUUUGAUUCCGAUUCUGUUCGAUUAGUGUUCAAGUUCAUCUUCUUCAGCGAUACUUUUGAUUCGUUCCUCCGAGGCUGCAGCUGCUCGUCUUCUCGGUCGAAACUCUCUCGCUUUCACAUUCAAGUUUGCUUGUUUCUCUUCUGGCCCUACUGGCGGAUUAUCACAUGUCAGUUCCAUCGGGGCUAACUGCUGAAUGGCGCGUUCCAAAUAGGACUUCCCUGCUCUGAGUUUCGCAGCUCUUACUACACCGUCCUUUCCUUUUAUAAGCUUAACUACGAUACCGACAUUCCACUUUCCUCGAUUCCGUUCGUCGUUUUGGAUCAAAACUACGUCUCCUACUUUAACGCUUACUUCUUUCCCCUUGUUGUUCAGAUUGUGCCGUUCUCUCAGUCCGUUUAUGUACUCUUUUGUCCAUCGAGACCAUACCGCGUCCUUGCACUUCGAUAAAUGCCUUGCUCGUUUCCUCAGCUCUACGCCUUCGACUAUCGAGAAUGUUUGCCUCCAAAACAGUAGUCCUCGACAAAUCACAUUUAUAUAUAAGUUUUAAUAGAAAAUAUAAGAAUACCCAAAAUCACAUUGUAUGCUCGUCGCAGCUGUCUCACAUCCGUUCUCUCUCACUGUCACGAUGACACUCACUGAUACCUAUAGGCUAUGGCUAAUCUCCCUAAUUAACUAUCCCUCCCUAAAGUGUUAUACGAUAUAUCUUAUCUGUUUGGUCAGUUCCCAACACACUCCUCCAUAUUGCUCAAUCAAGAGUUAUAUGUCCUUUGGGACUGACUUCUUUGUAGUUCCAUCCAUGUUCUUUGUGGUGACUACCUAUAACAAAACUAAAUUAUUUUAACGUUUGCUUUGGUGUCAAAACUCAUUCUCAUCAUCUGCUACUGUGGUCUGUAUUCGCAGUCUUGCUGCAACUGCUGCGUCUCUGGUGGCUCUAGGUUGGAAAGAGGGUGCUGUUGGGUUGGGUUUUCGGAAAUUAGUUUCGUCGCAGGUCAACUCGACGGGGUACAAAUGCUGCACUGCACGCUCCAACUCUCCAUUGACUGUUCGUAACUUGGCUCCCCGCACGACGCCAUCUUUACCUUUAAUCAGCGCCGAGACUACCCCGAGUUUCCAUGUGUUCCGAUUUUUGUUUUCGCCCUGCACAAUAACCGUCGAUCCUUUUCUUGGGCAUGUCGCUUGUUUCCCCCGCUGCGUUAACAUGGCGUUCGCGUAAACUUCUUACGUACUCGCGAGACCAACGUCGCCGCAUAGCUCGCUUCCAUAUUUUCACAAAUUUCGCCCGCUUACGAGUGAAGAGGUGAUCUUGUGGAAGGGAUAUAGGGUAGUCUCCAUCGAUUCGGCCUCGACAUUCCAAGACUCCCUCCCCGUUCAGCUGAAGAUUUAGUUGUACCUUCGACUUCUCGAUCUCACCAUUAAUCGCUGCGUCUUGCUGUGCUCUUUUGGUCCACCAAAGAUACUGAUCUUGGAUCUCGGCUGUUUUUAACGGUCCGGUUUCACGUUCGCUGAUGGGACACUUCGAAUUGUUGACAAAUCUUCUAACCCUUGCACCGAUUCGGGUGACUUUCCGUAAGCCAUGGGCUUUGAGGAGCUUGUCCAUGCGAUCGUCAUCACGCGUUAUUGCUGUGGCAAGAAUACUUUUCGUAACCUUUGCUUCGGCGUUUGUUUCUGGACUGGAUUCAAUUAUCGCGGAUUUCGGCCACGUCCCGGGAUCACUCAGCCAUUCUGGACCGUUCGUCCAUAACUCAUUAUUCACUGUGCUUCCACCUCGACUUCCGAUAUCCGCUGGGUUUUCUUCGGUUGGAACGUCAUUAAAUGCCACUGGAUGUUACUGUGCUCUCUAAUUUUCCUCACGCGGUUUGACACGAAUUGUCGAUACUCUCCUUGUCCGUUAAUCCAGUACAGGGCCACGGUAGAGUCACUCCAACAAUGAGUUCCGUUCACUUCGCAGUUUCCAAUUACCCUUUUGACAUUCGACACUAGAUUGGUGGCCAUAUGUGCUGACACGAGCUCGAGACGCGUGAUUGUAAGGUUUUGUUUGGCCAACCGUGAUUUUGCGCAAACUACACCUUGAGUCUUAGUCUCCCCUUGCUGCACCACUGCGUACACUACCGACGAGACACCCGACUUACUUGCAUCGCCGAAGGCAUGGAGGGUAACCGCUGUUAUAGGUUGGUGGACUGGGGCCAAGGUUCGUGGAAUGGUAAAUUUCUUAGAAAUCAAGGCUCCCCAUUCUUCCCACCGUCGUUUCAUCGCUUCGCACAACUCUCCGUCCCAUGGAAGUUUCGCUUCACACAUUUCGCGAUAAAGUAUCUUUGCUAUUAAGGUCGUUGGAGAUACCAACCCAAGGGGGUCAUAGAUUUUUGCAAGCUCCGAGAGAGCUUCACGUUUCGUUGCUAUAUUCUUCCGAGGCGAGGUUACAAUGCUCAAGGUAUCUUCAAUUUUGUUCCACGGAAGUCCUAAGAGUUUCGUAUCGCAUUUUCCCGAUCCAAGUUGUUCUUGGAACACCUCAACUGCUUGUGAUCUUUUUGCUGCCACGGAUUCCACGUUCUCUCCCCCCGUAAUCAAAUCAUCGACGUAUAAAUUAUCACGAAUUUCCCUGACUAAUUCUGGGUAUUUAUCUUGCCAGAGCUUCAAGUGUUCAUUGAUUACUCCUCCAAGGAGAAAUAGAGAGCAAGUCUGGCCAAACAGCGCGCGAGUAAACCGAUACACACUUAAUUUCCCACUUCCUGGACUUUCCCAAAAGAACCGUAAUGCGUCUCGUUCUUCCGUCUUUAUGCGUACUUGGAGGAAGGCUUUCUCCAUAUCACCCGUUAAAAGGACUGGGUAGAAUCGCGCUCGUACGAGGAUUUCCCACAAUCGGUUUUGAAGUGGUGGUCCAGGGUUUAAACACUCGUUUAUGGACGGCUGGCAGCUCUGUUCCUUCGCGGAGGCAUCGUAAACAAUCCGUAAUUUCGUGGUUUCAGCUGAUUUCUUUACGACCGCCUUGUGUGGAAGAUAAUACUCUUUGUCUACAGGUUUGUUUGAUGCUUCUUCGAUGAUUCCCUGCUCGAGUUGUUCACGAAUUAUUCCGUCGUACUGUUCGUAACUUCCAUCCCGCUUUAGCUUUCUCACCAGCGAAGUUAAACGUCGACGACUCGCAGCCUCGUUUGUGGGUAGGUCGGGGUGAUUAGCGUUCCAUGGAAGGUUGGUCUCGUACCAACCUGCAGGAUUCCUCACCAACUGCUCCUUGAAAUCGUCGUAAACCGCAUUCUGGUCGUUCUCCACCGUAUCUGCCAGGCCGAGUACGUCUAAUCUACACAGGCUUUCGAAGUCCGAGUGCUCAGUUUGGGUUAAUAACAUCGUACUGCGGUCGAAAUCGAUUCCGGGGCUCAUGAUGAACCAGCCCAACUUCGUUUUCUCCGCCACCGGUUCGUGGUCGCCGCCGAUAACAGGCUUCGUGCUUGUUUUGAUUCGUGCGUACUCGCCGUUACCGAGCACUAAAUGAAUGGGCAAUCUAUCUUUCGUAUCGCAAUCAUCAAUGACAACGUUCCCAAGGUGGUUAUAAUCACGAAUUAGCUUCUCAUAGUUCGGGUUAUUAAUAGUUAAUAGUUCUGGUGUUUCCACUUUGGCCAUUCUCACGUUCAUUUUGAAAUUUCCGUCUAAGGCGCGUACUUCCGUGUCGUAAAAUUCCAUCCGGGUUGUCUUCGAGUCUAGGAGCAUGUCAACACGUUGUACUCUGGAUUCAAUCGGUUUACUAUCAAUCAUCUUAAUCAGCUUGGCUGAGGCAUACGACCCGCCGGCGCCAGAAUCAAUUAGUGCACGACACUUUACACCGUUUACUGUUACUACGACUACCGGGAAAACACCAUCACCGCUGACACCGUCUGUCAUCAGUUUGCGCUCCCCUUCGGCGUUUUGUUGACGUUGGUCGCAAAUUGAGGAGUGGUGACGUUUAUUGCAGUGUUGACAGGAUGCUUUGCUUGAACAUUCUGUCGCACGAUGUGUUCUCGUCGCGCAAUUAAAACACAAACCCCUUCUUGCAAGGAUUUUCUUGCGCUCGCUUGUGUCGAUGACCUUUUCGCACUGCGUCGCUUUGUGACCAGUGUCCCCACAAUACACACAGCCCCUUAGCUUAACUUCUUCGCCCCGCGCAUUAAAUAAUUUUCUACGAUCGCGAGUGUUCUCUUCACGCUCUCUGUCAUUAGAUACGACUGGGUUACGUUUCACCCAAUGGAGAAGAGCUUCGGUUAACUUUACAAAAUCCCAGGAUUCCCACUCAGCGUCAGUGCGAACUAAGUCUCCCCUAAUUGGGACUAAUUUCUCGAGGGUCAUUGAUACAUUUCCCUGCACAGAAUCAAGCCUUUUCAUGGUUUCUAGCGCUUGAACACAAUAAGACAGUUUUUCGCUAAAUUCGGCGAUUUUACGUGGAUUUGCUGUUGUAAUAUGGGGCAAUUCUAGUAUUUCUUUGACGUAACUGUUCACUAUUUCGGACUCUUUACCGUAUUUGUCUUUCAGGAUUGCCUUGGCUCGAUUAUAACCCUCUGGUGUAAACGGAAGGGCUUCAACACAGCGUUUUACUUUGGGCCCAAGCAGCUCGCGCAAGUAGGUAAAUUUACUGAUAGGUGCGAUUGAACUUUUUCCUAUUGCUUCAUCAAACUGCCCCCAGAACCUAGGCCAAUCCAUAAUCGAACCCUCGAACUUUGAUAUUUCUAACUUGGGUAAUUUAGCUGUCUUAAAUCCAGCGCAUUCCUGAACUUCCGUUGCGGUCUUACUUAGUUCAAGUUCAGCCUUCAUUUUCAUGCGUUUUUCAUGCAGUUUUAACUCAACAUUAAACUGCUUCUCUUGCGCUACGAGAUGCUCGGAACGUUCCUUUUCCGCAAGCCAACUCUCUAACUGAUCAAUUUCAACGUCCGCCAGUUCAAUCUUAGCGUCAGUCUCAUUGUUCCAAUCAUUAAUUUUCUCGACGCUUUCGCCUAGUUCGAUUUUUGCCGCUUCAGCAGCUCGUUUAAGUUCGUUUGAUUCCCGAACAGUCUCACGUAGCGCAUCGAGAUGCCGCUUAAUUGAUUCUCUCUUACCUGAGUCCAAGAUAUUCUUCGUUCGAAGGACUCCUAGGUUCAACUGUUUCAGCUUCGUCUCAAGCUUCUCCAUGUCACGUUUUGUCGUUGAUUCGUACUUAAGAUAAGUUAACUGGCGUUUCAGCUAUCCCUUUAGGAGGUGCCACAUGUCGAGAAUGUUUUCCUCCAAAACAGUAGUCCUCGACAAAUCACAUUUAUAUAUAAGUUUUAAUAGAAAAUAUAAGAAUACCCAAAAUCACAUUGUAUGCUCGUCGCAGCUGUCUCAUAUCCGUUCUCUCUCACUGUCACGAUGACACUCACUGAUACCUACUAUGACUAAUCUCCCUAAUUAACUAUCCCUCCCUAAAGUGUUAUACGAUAUAUCUUAUCUGUUUGGUCAGUUCCCAGCACGACAUCACUAGUUUCUUCUUCGGGAAGUAGGUUAGGUUGCAUAAACAGCAUUGAGUUUGGCGUCAGGGUAGGAAAUUGAACAUCGUCCUCGACAUAGCCCAAAGGCCGAUUGUUAACCGCUAUUUCUACAUCCAGGAUCACCUCUUCAAGCUCUCCCCAUCGCAAAAUUCGCAAAUUAGCACGUCCGAUGCUCUUGUAUAGUGCUCUUUUUACCAGGCCCACCAUCCUCUCAAACUGGCCUCCCCACCAAGGAGCCCUGCUCAGGUUGAACUGCCAAACGAUGUUUUGACGGGUGAGGAAGUUUUGAAACUGUUCUUGUUUCAUUACCUUUCUUAUCCAAUUUGCUGCUGCUUUGAAGGUCUUUCCGUUAUCCGAAUAGAUCUUCUUCGGUCUGCCCCUUCUCGCUACGAACCGCUUCAAGCUCCUGAUACAAUUUUCCGCCGUCUGAUCCGAAAGAAGUUCCAGGUAAAUGGCAUGGGUUAGGCUGCAGGCGAACAAGAGAAUGUACGCUUUGCCAAUUCUUUUCUUGCUAGAUCUAUAGGUUAUAGGACCAGCGUAGUCUAUGCCCAGGACUUCGAAUGGCACUGAUCCGACUGUUCGAUCUGUGGGUAAGGGCCCAACAGGAGGGUGAUGAAAUGUGGAAGUAUGGAACUUCUUGCAGCCAUAACAGUUCCUUAUGACUUUCUUGAUUAGCUGUCUCAGCCGAGGUACCCAGUAUUUUUGUCUCGUGUAGGCCAUUGUUGAUCCUACUCCCCCGUGAAGGCUUUGAACAUGGGCGUUGUGAAUGAUUUUUGUAGUAAUGAGCGCAUUUGGAGGUAGAUAUAUCGGAAAGUUUCCUUGAAUUCUUCCACGGCAUUCGUAAAGGUCAUCAGGAUUUCGUUGUAGGUUCAGCUUCAACUUAUCUUCUUUGAACUGUUCCGUUUCACUGUGUGCUUCGGUCGCUCUUUUCACCCAGAACUGAAUUCGUGCUUCCGUUUCAGCUGUCGUUAAAGGCCCAUAUGUCCGUUCAGCCUUAGAAGACUUGCAAUUACAGAUAAAUCUGACGAUCCACGCGAAGACACGCACUGCCUUCCAAAAGCUACGAGUCUCUAAUAGCUCUUCCAGAUCAUCCAUCGCACACACAGCGGUUACCAACAGUUCCUUGAUAGGCUUCGCUUCAGUUUCAGACUCUUUGCUAGGCUUGUUAUGUAUGUCGGUUGGCAUUCAUCGGGUUUUGACAGCCAAUCUGGUCCUGUUAACCAAGAUUCUGGUAACUUACUUCGCUGUCGUACAUCCUCGGCUUCCCAGGUCGGCUGGGUUCUCAUCCGUUCUCACAUGUCUCCAAUUGAUAUAUUCCUUGGCGUUAAUCUUCUUGACUCUGUUUGAAACAAAUUGCUUGUAGGCGCCAUGUCCUUUGAUCCAGUACAUGGCCACUGUACUGUCCAACCAUCCGGUGACUGAUCUGACAGGGUAUCCACCAAGCGUAUUUCUUGCAUUCUCGACCAAGUUAGUUGUCAUAUGUGCCGAAACAAGUUCAAGUCGCGGGAUGGUCAAUUCUUUCUUCGCCAAUCUGGAUUUUGCUGCGAUCAAUCCUUGGCUGAUGCCAGACCUUUGAUGUACCACAGCGUACACAGUUGCUGAUGUUCCGUAUUUGCUGGAAUCUCCGAACGUAUGUAGAUCUACGGCUUCGAUUGGCUCCUCAAGGCUGGUCAGGCUUCGUGGGAAAUCUAGUUUCUCGGGAAGGUUUUGCUGAAACUUCUGCCAACGAGUCGACAGUUGUUGAGGUAUCUCCUUAUCCCACGGCAACUUUUGAUCACACACCUCUCUGUAAAUUAGCUUCCCUGUGGAUUGAGGCAAGGAAGCGUAAUAUCUCCCUUUUGGUAGUCGCUGCUGUUUUCUGGGGAAAGGAUAUUGAAUUUGUGUCUUCCACUUUAUCCCAUGGAAGUCCAAGCAUUUUGGUUUCACCUGGUUUCACCCCAAGUUGAUCUUUUGCAUAACUCUGAACGGUAGGUGUUUGCUCGUCGUUUUCCUCCAGUUCACACACGUUAGAAUGCCAUUUGUGUAGGUCAAAUUUCGCCUGUCCAAAUAUCUCCUUCACCGUUCCUUUCAAUUUGUGUACACCGUCUCUGGUUUCUCCACCUGAGAUAAUGUCAUCAACAUAGAGGCUUCGCAUUAUCUCUUCAACUUCCGACGGAUAUUUUUCGCGUAUAACUUCCAAAUGCUGUUGGAUUGUUGCUCCUAACAAGAAUGGUGAUUGCACAAGACUAAAGAGCGGGGGAGUGAAUCGCAGGACUUCAAUUGUCAACGUCUCUUUGUCCUUAAUCCAGUGAAACCUGAGCGAAUCUCUAUCCUCAGGUCGAAUUCUUACUUGUACGAAUGCUUGUUUGAUAUCUGCAGACAAGGCUACAGGUUUCAGGUGAUUUCUGACAAGUACAUCCCACAACAAGUUCUGGAGGGGAGGACCUGUCUCCAAGCAAUCGUUCAACGAUGGACUGCUCUCCGAGGCCUUAGCAGAUGCGUCGUAGACAAUCCGUAUCUUAGUAGAUUCCGCUGCCUUCCUGAUGACAGGUUUGUGUGGAAUGUAAUACGCAUUCUUCACGGGAUCAUCGGUUACUUUCUCAACAAUCCCUUCCUUCAACUGAUCUUGGAUGAUUUUGUGGUACUGGUCAAGCAUUUCUGGAUCGCGUUGCAAUUUCUUCAGUAAAUUAUUCAACCGUCCCAAACUGUUGGAUUCGUUGGUUGGUAAAGGCUCGUCAUGUCUAGGUUUCCAUAGUAACCCGGUUUCGUACCAGCCAUCCUCGCUGCGUCGUAGUUGUUGCUUGAAGUCUUGGUACACCGAUUGUUGGCUUUCGUUGGGUUGAUCUUGGAGGCCAAGUACAUUCAGGCUGCAUAGCUGUUCGUAAUUUGGUGCUGAAGAUUUGGUGAAGUACACACUGCUGAGAUCUGCUUCUUCGCCAGCUGCCAUAAUAGUCCAACCGAGUGUCGUGAGUUCUCCAACAGGCUCUCCGGGCUGUCCGAGCUUGGGUUGUGUGUUGGUCUUUAUUCUCGAGUAAUCACUAGCUCCCAAUAUCAUAGAAAUAGGUAAUUCUGUUUUAGUGUCAUUAUCGUCCAUUGACACUUCUUUCAAAUGCUCAUACUGACUGAUGAUUUUACUGUAAUGUGGGUUUGGUAUAGACAACAGUACCCCCUUGUCAACUUUGCUUGCUUGAAUAUUCAUUCCGAAAGUUCCUUGAACAUUGGAGACCUUCACAUUGUAACUCUCUAUCUUCUGACUGGUAGAACAUAACAUCAUAUCAAUUCUCUUGUACUCGGUUUUGUUGGGUUUCGUGCGAAGGAGCUUAACCAAACCAGCUGAGAUGUAAGAGCUCCCAGCCCCGUAUCCAGCAACGCUCUACAUUUUACACCAUCGACUAUUACAACUACCACCGGAUAGAUGACUCUGCCAUUGGCAGUUGCGAGCAUCAUUUGUUGUUGUUGUACUUGAUCACAUAUUGAUGUGUGGUGUUUAGCCUUGCACUUCAGACAGGUAGCUAAACUUCGACAUUCUGAAGCCCGGUGCUUCAGACCUGUACAAUUGAAGCAACGUUUUUUCGCUGCUAGUUCUUUCUUCCUAGAAGCCACAUCUACUAUCUUAUCACAAACUACAGAUUUAUGUUGGUCUGAAUUGCAGUAUACACAGGGCUUUGGCUUCCAUUGUUGUUGGUUGACUUGGAAGAAUCUACCAGAUUUAACUUUUGAGCCCCCAGUGUCACUUCCUCCAUGAUCAGGCUUCUCUUCGAUUACGAUUGGAUUUCUUUCACACCAUUUUCUCAGGGCCUCUACCAGUUGAGUGAAACCCCAAUCCUGCCACUCAUCAUCCAAUCUUACUAAGUCGGCUCGAAUCCCAGGGAGUUUGUCAAGGGUUGGUCUGACAAACCCAUGUACUUGACCGAGUUUACCCAUAGUUUCAAAACCUUGGGUGUUGGUGACUAACAACUCAAAAAACUCAGGUAUCUUCUUGGGUUGUGUCCCUUUAACGACAGGCAAUGAUACAAUACUUUGCAUGUGGGCAUUACCUACCUCACUUGUUUUCCCAUACUUUGUUUUGAGGAUGUUCUUAGCUCGUUCGUACCCUUCUAUGGUGAAGGGAAGUCCAUCAAUGUAUGUACGUGCUUUUGGAACAAGGAGUUCUUUCAGAUAUGAUAGUUUUGCAAUUUGGCUUAUCUCGGCUUUGUCUAUCUCAGUCUCAAACUGGCCCCAGAAUCUUUGCCAGUCUAGGUGUGUGCCUUGGAAUUUAGUAAUUACUAGUUUAGGAAGUUUAGCAUUGUUACCUUUUGUAGCAGAUUUCAUGCGUGGCUUCUUCCAUCUUUUUCUCAUACUCUUGCUUCAUUUCUAAUUUGGUUUCUUCAAAUUUAAGCUCUUCUUCGAAAUGUAACCUUUGUUUUUCCUUUUCGAUUUCCUCUUCCUCGUUUUUUACUUUAGUAUGUUCUCUC